UCGAGACCGCACCACAGCUCCUUGCACCACAACACCACAGCUCCUCGCACCACAACACCACCACCAUGACAACCUACACGGACAAGGGACCACAGCCGGAUUCUGGCAAGUUUCUGCAUUUUGACCACCUCACAUUCUGGGUGGGCAAUGCUAAGCAGGCAGCCAGUUACUACACCACAAGGAUGGGCUUCGAACGUUACGCCUAUAAAGGUCUCGAGACUGGUUCAAGAGACGUCUGCUACCACGUCAUCAAGCAAAACAAGAUACUAUUCGUGUUGGCAUCAGCUCUCAAUCCCGGUAAUGAGGAGAUGGGGCGACACCUGGUGACACACGGCGACGGGGUUAAGGAUAUUGCGUUCUCAGUGGAGGACCUUGACGCGAUAAUGAAGAGAGCCAAGGAGCGUGGGGCGAAGGUGGUGAAGGAGAUCUGGGAGGAGGAAGACGAGGGCGGCAGAGUGCGUUUCGCCAGGGUGCAAACGUACGGAGACACGACACACACCUUUGUGGAGCGUGGAAACUACAAUGGCCUUUUCCUCCCCGGGUUCAAGAAGACUCUCAUCGCUGUCGACAAAAUUCUCACCAAACUACCGACCAUCAAACUGGACUUCAUCGACCACAUCGUAGGGAACCAGCCUAACCUCGAGAUGGAGAGCACUGCAGCCUGGUACGAGAAGCAUCUUAUGUUCCAUCGCUUCUGGUCCGUCGACGACACCCAGGUUCACACUCAGUACUCCUCCCUGCGCUCCAUUGUCGUCUCGAACUGGGAGGAAACAAUCAAGAUGCCCAUCAACGAGCCAGCGCCUGGUAAGAAGAAGAGUCAGAUCCAGGAGUAUGUGGACUACUAUGGCGGGGCGGGUGUCCAGCACAUAGCUCUCAACACCCAAGACAUCAUCCAGGAGGUUCAGAAACUACGAGAACGGGGGGUAGAGUUCUUGGUGGUGCCCGAUACAUAUUACGACCAGCUGAGGGAGAAACUCAAGUCCUCAAAGGUGAGGAUAGCAGAGGACAUGGACGUACUGCAGAAAGAGAAGAUCUUGGUAGACUACGAUGAUAAUGGUUACCUCCUGCAGAUCUUUACCAAGAACAUGCAGGAUCGACCCACUGUCUUCCUUGAGGUCAUCCAGAGACGCAACUUUUCUGGAUUUGGUGCUGGAAAUUUCAAGGCUCUCUUUGAAGCCAUUGAAUUGGACCAGGCAGCACGAGGUAACCUGUAAGAAGAACCACUUAAGACUGUCAACAACUACCAUGAUAUCUCACCCUGGCUCUCACACCACUACC